CGAUAAGCGACCCUGCGCUUAACAUUCUGGAAAGAUUGCGAAUUUUAUUAUUUUCUUAAAAAAUGGAGUUCAAUCAAUUCGCUGACUCAGCUCUAAGCUCCCUUUUAGAGACCACAAAGUUCCUUCAGGAAAUAAGCGAAGGCAUAUCUGAUGACGAUGGCGAGAUCCGUAAGUUGCUGGAGGAUGGAGCCAGCUCUCGCCUAGAGCAUGCCGAGAAAAUCAUUGAGCGAAAGACCAAGCACAAGGAACUCGUGCAGGGAAUGCAGGAGGCCAGAGGUGAAAGCGCCACUGUCGAGGAAUUCGGGCGGACUUGGAACGAACGCCGGGAUGCAGUGGAGCGGAAGCCCAUCAAUGCCAAAAACACAGCCGAGUAUCAGAGCUUCAAGCGAUCCGUUGAGUCCUCAUUUUCGAACGCAGAACCAGAAGCUAACGAUUCCGACGACGAUGUGGUCGCAAUGGAGAAGUCCUGUAUCAAUGCCUUCUCACCAUAUGAUCCAUGGACCAAGGCGCUCAUCCGGAACCCUGUUCGCAACAAGAUGUGCGGGCACAUCUACGACCGCGAAUAUGUUAUCGGACUUAUCAAAAACAACAUUGGGAUUCGAUGCCCAGUGGCUGGUUGUGCCAACACGGUCUACAUCCAUCCGGCCCACUUGAUCGAGGACGAGGCUGUCAGGCAGAAGAUACGCUUGCAGGUGAUGCAGGAUAUGCAGUCGGAUACAGACGAUGAUGAUGAAGAAGAGACCCAUGAGGAAGUUGAGCAGGAUGACGAGGAUGAGGAUUAAUCCAACAGUUAGUUCCACUUUCUAUUAAAAAUUAGAACUGCCCACUUUUCAAUCAGGGUACUCACACAUAACUAAUUCUUAUUUGCUUUCUUCACCUUACUUUAUAUUCUGAAUUUAUCUAGAUGUAUCCAAAAGCAAACCUAACCGUACC